AAAAGUAGCAACUGAAGCGCAGUGUUGGACUUAAAAUAAACGCGGGAAGUAUUUGUUUUCGUCUAAUUAUGAUGUUGAAUAUAAUUCAUUACUAGUGGAUCUUAAAUGAACUUAAUUAAGCUUUUUGUACGUGGACAUGUACAUGGAAUUAUUUCGCUCUUCAUUUUUCCUUCCUUACUAACCAGGUAUAAUAUCUGGUCAGGAUAAUUUCAAUUAAUGUACUUUAUACUGUUGAGUUACGUGCUCAUCGUAAUUCUGUGGACUGUAGAUUGCAUAGAUGAACCUCGAAAGCCUUUAUUCACUGAAUAUCCUAGAGAUGCAUUUCCGCUUCAUCGUCAACAACUUAGGUUGUUUUGUCGUGCUGAGGGUGAACCUAUAGUCUCCAUCACUUGGUAUAAAGACGGGAAAGUUGUUGAAACUCAACGGCACAAACCAGGUACAUCUAACAGAAUUACAAAUGCUGGCGAGCUUCUUUUCCUUUCAUUCAGUGAAGAGGAUGAGGGUCACUACUAUUGCAAUGCAUCGAAUGUCCAUGGCUGGACUAGUUCACCUUCCGCUCUUGUGAAAGCUGCAUUUUUUGAUGCCAGUAGUGCAUCUGGUCCUGAAAGUAAGUCUGCCCAUUUCGGUCAGACAGUUUUAUUGGAGUGCAUCCCACCCAUCGGAUCACCAUCCCCUACGGUGUACUGGAAACAUAAUAAUCAGAAAAUAGUUGAUAGUUCACGGACUAGGGUUAUGGAAAGCGGGGGCUUGAGAAUUGAUGGCGCUAAACGUCAAGAUUCUGGGACAUAUCAGUGUCUUUCUGAGAAUUCUGCUGGUCAUUGGGAAAGUAAGUUAGCUACACUCACUAUUCGUCGUAAACCUCGUUUUAAAUUUACGCCGAUGAGCAAGCAAGCUGUUGUUGGGGAUUCUGUAGAAUUUCAGUGUUUGGCUUCUGAAGAUCCCAAUUCUACAAUUUUAUGGAGACGAGAAGGCAACAAGAUUAUUCAAGCAUCUUUAAUUGAUAGAAAGACACUGCGUAUAGAGCAUGUUCAGUUAUCCGACGCCGGUGAUUAUAUAUGCGAGGCGAAAAAUGUUGCCGGUAAUGUAGAGGCUGUCGCACAUUUAUCUGUAGUUUCACCACCAAUAUUCGUGAUCACACCAGAGGAUAAGACAGUACCACUUGGUGGACAUGUUUCAUUUGAUUGUCUAACUUCUGGGUCCCCACCUCCUAGCGUCAGAUGGUUACAUGAUAAAUUCUCAUUCUGGAUACCAAAGCCGAGUGAGAAACCACUACAAGCAGGCAGGUACUCGGUAUUUCCUAAUGGGACACUCUUCAUAAACUCAACUAUGCUAUCUGAUGCAGGAUUAUUUGAAUGCAAAGCAUCACAAAAAGCCGGUAUUGUCAAGUCAACAGCUCAGCUUUUCAUCGAGUCUGUUGUGAUAUCCCUACCGCUUAUCGAAAUCGGACCCCAAAAUCGGACAUUUUUUCAAGGGAUGGUUGCAACUUUACCGUGCCACUCAACUGUUCUCCAGUAUACUUUACAGGUUUCAAACUCAUUAGUGCAUUCCAACAUUGAUACAUUCACACCUAUUGUAACACAGUGGUUAGUUAAUAAUUCUGCUGUUUCCACUAGCUCUAAUCCUCGAGUUGUGAUAUUAAAUUCCGGAUCUCUUCAGAUCAAUGCUCUUCGUGUAUCAGACACUGGUUUUUACACCUGUGAAGUUGAAGUUCAAGAUUCUUCAUCUUUUUCAAGACGCUCUACAUCACGGACUUCUUUCGUGCAAGUAAUUCAAGGGGGUUCAUCUGGAAGUAGCACGUACCUGUUGCCUGGAGAUGAAGGUGAUCUGUUGUUGCCGGAUCCCCCAAAAGAUGUUAAAGUCACUAAUAUUGGUGAUACAUGGGUUGUGCUGAAUUUAAUUAACGAUUAUUCUGUCGGGGACGUUAUAAAGAAGCGUAGCCUUGGUGAAAAUGUAUUUAUAACAGGUGUGCAAGUGGAAGUAACAGAGUUCAACACUUCUAAUGGUUGGCGUGUUGUGGAAUCAUCUGGUCCAUAUAAUCCGGUUCGUGUAAACGGUUUGUUACCACAGACUGGUUACCACAUUCUUGUCCGCUACAUAAAUCAUUAUGGAGUGGGUAAACCUUUCAUUCUGAAUAAAUUGGUGUUUACUAAAAUUUCUGAAUCAACACGUAACUAUCUCCCAACUGAGUUGGUCGUAAAAUUGCAGUCUGUAGACUUUAGUCCUCUACAUGUUAGAGCGAUUUCACCUUCUGAGUUGUUGGCAGAGUGGUUCCUAUGUGGUCCAUCAGAUGUUUUGGUUCUUAUUACCGGCUUUAAAGCAACUUACCGAAGUGUACCAAUGUCUAGGUGCAUAAAUUCUAACAGCAAUAAUAAUGGAUAUUACAUCAAAGAGGGCAUCACGCAUUAUCCUAAAGCAGACCACAAUUCAUGUGCCUUUAAAGACGAAUCUAUGGAAAAUCUAUUAGACUCUUAUGAAGAUGACCUAACUCCGUGCAGUUUACCAAGGAUUUCAAAACAGCAGUCGCUUGACUGGAACCCACCCAGUUUUCUAAAUGGUGAAAAGGUUGAUUACUACAUCCAUGUAGGUGUGACUACUACAAGUAUAAAAAUGGCGAUUAGUAAUUUACGACCUUUCAUAUGCUACGCUAUUCGUAUUGAAACAUUUGUUGACCAUCCAGAUCAUAGCAGGGUUUUCUCACAGAAAAGUCAGGUUUCAGUUGCUCUUACAUAUGACAGCACACCAACAGGUGCACCACAAAUAACAAAUGUCCGUUGGCUUAAAAAUGGAACUGUACUUCAACUUGAUUGGAAUCCACCAAAUGAAUGGGAGCGUGGAGGUAUUUUAACGGGAUAUUCUUUAAAAAUAUUAAGUACUGCACUAAAACUUAGUCGUACUGUCAAUAUGGGGAUUGAACAGUCAUCUUUUCACAUUUAUGAUCUCGAUCCAUGGUCUAAUUAUACACUUUAUCUAUCUGCAGUUACUUGUCAUGGUGAAGGGGUUAGAUCACUACCAGUUUACAUUUUUGCAUAUCCUACACGAGGUCAUUUUCCAGAAUUAGGUGUAGCACCAUCAAAGUUCUCAGUAAUGAAUCCGAAUCUGUAUGAAUCUGGAAAUAUUUUCCGAAGGGUUUUGUAUGACGGAAGGAGCCUAUAUCCAGGAAGUCCAUCACCACAGGGGCUUAGUGAACAAAUGAAUUCUAAAACUACCAAUAUUCACGAAGAAAAGGGUAGCCUUACCAGAGAACCGUGGUUCAUUGUUAGUGCAGUUAUGUUUAGUGUACUUUGGGUAAUCAUUUGUCUCGCUCUUAUCAUAUAUGGACGACACAGAAGCGAGCGACAAAGGCGCCGACAUGCUGUUUUAGAUGUGAUGGAUGCUGAAAUAAUUGCCAAAAAUGGACGUCUUGGCGUUGUUGAUUCCACACAGGGAGCGGGUACAGCUUCGCCUCCGAUUUACAUGGGUAAUUUUUCUACUUCCACGGAGACAGAAGCUACAUCUCUUACUUUGGUGGAACCUCUCUCUGUAAAUGCAUCUAUGAUAUCUGACAGAAACCAUGCACCAAAAUUGUGCGAUCCUAUAUUUUGUGAGAAAUCUUACGGAAAUGGUUUUACUCGUCCAAUGGACCCAUCAUACUCUGUGUCUAUGGCCAAUGGAUUUUCCUUAACAAAUGAUGGGAGUUUACAGUCAGUGCCAACAUAUUUACCACAGUACCCUCUUGGUAAUCCAGUGUUGCCUAUAGAUAAUUUAAAGAAUCAUUCAUUCAAUAAUCCGGCUGUCAUAGUUCCAAAUAUCCCAGUUGGUAGUGCUCAAUUGUUAUCUGGAGGCACUCAUUGUCCAUCAGAGCUUAUGCACAAUGGUACAACUCAUUUAUUACCGAAUGGAUGUUUACCUUUGCCUCCUACUCAUAGUUCACGUAAUCCAUCAUCAGAAGAUCAUGCUACACCGUAUGCUAGUGUAUCAGUGAUUCAACCUGUAAUAUUUGAUCAUGCACCUAUGGAUUAUGGUGUUAUGCAACAGGCGUCACGUGGUAGACAACUGUCACUUGCAGAGAUUAUACCUCCUCCUCCAGACUACCCACCCCCGUCACUUCCGUCUUUCUCUCCGGUUCCACAUCAUUUUACAAGUUGGUCUCUAGGUGACGCACCUUGUUCGGGUAGCGGUGAGGAUUCAGCCUAUAGUGAUUUUCGACAAUCAUCAUCUCAACAUCAAGGUGGUUGUGACGUUAAUGGUGGUAGUGGUCCGCCUGUUUCUUCUUCAAAUCACAACUGGUUAACAUCACAACAUGAAAGUAAUAGUGCUCUUCCAACAUCUUCACAUUCUCUAUCAAAAACCAGUGGUCUCUCAUCAGAGUGGCCUAAUCAUGAAAGUCUGUCAACACCUCAUUCUACAGAUCAACAUAUAUUUGCUCAUAAUCCUUCAACAUCAUUAUCAACGAUACAACCUUCACAUGUGGCAUGUUAACAAAAUUGACUGAUAGAUAAUCAUAUACUUUUUUCUUUAAAGGAAGGUAUGUUACACUUCCUAUUCCUAUGCAUCUUUAUUACUCUUUAAUCCGAUACUCUAUGUUCAAUCAUUAGUUUUCUCCUUCUUGUCCCUUUUUUCUUCUUUCUUCUGUUUUUGUUCAUGUUGUUUUUUUUCUUUUCUUGUAUCAUUAUCACCAACAUCAGCGUCAUCAUUAAAUGUUGUGGAUUUAAGUUAGUCAUUUUGUGGUUGAUUUAUAAUGUUUGAUUAAAAUAAUAUGGUGAUUAGAUUUCAUAUUGAGAUAUCCACAUAUGUACAUGUAUACGUUAUUAUUAUUAUUAUUAUUGUUAUUAUUAUUAUUAUUGCUAUCAUUAAAGAUUGUACGGGUAUAGACAUAUAGGUUUGUAGACUACAUGUCAUUUGUAUUGUAAAUUACGUGGGGAUUGUGACGCGGGGGACAAGAAAAACAGGAGACUAACAACAAAAAUAACGACUAUAUAUUUAUAGUGCGUGUGCGUGUGUCUAAGGCUUUCAGACAUUGUUUACUGCUUGUUUUCUUUGUUUUUUUUUUGUGGUUUUGUAACUUCUUUAGGCAUUUCCGAUAUAACUAUAAUAAUAAUAAUAAUAAUGAUAAUUUUGUCGUCAUUAGAUGGAUGAAUAAAUAAACAAAUAUUAUUACCAUUACUGUAAUUAGUAUUAUUAUUAUUAUUUUGUGUUUGUGUGUGUGUGUGUGGAAGAUGAUGAUUCGCUUAGUUUCUAUUAUUAUUUUGAGAGAAAACAGAAAAAAAAACAGAGAAAAAAUAAACUUUAUUUUUUAAUUAUUUUUACUUCAUUUAUUCAUUCAAUUGUCAAUGUUGUUCUAUUGUUACCGGUUUCAAAUG